UCGUCAUGUUGGUAACUAUUUUUAUUCUGUGUGCCGGAUCCCUCCUGCUCGCCAUGUUUCUGCUGACCCCGCGGAGACCCCAAAACUUCCCUCCCGGUCCUCAACCGGUCCCCGUUUUCGGGAACGUGCUGCAGCUGAGCAUGGCCAAUCCCAUGAAAGACCUGGACAAGUUGUCCAGACGCUACGGAGAUGUUUACAGCCUGUACCUGGGGUGGAGGCCUACCGUGAUGCUCCACGGUCUGCAGGCGGUCAGAGAGGCUCUGGUGACCAGGGCGGUGGACUUCGCUGGUCGACCGCAGGGCAUGAUGAUCAACCAUGUCACUGAAAACAAAGGCCUGAUCAUGGGGGACUAUGGUGCAGUGUGGAAGGAACACAGGCGCUUCGCUCUGACCACCAUGAGGAACUUUGGUCUGGGGAAGAAGUCCAUGGAGGAAAGGAUACUGGAGGAGGCCGCUCACGUCUCUGCCUGUCUAGAGGAGACCCUCGGCGAGGCCGUGGAUCCCCUCAGUCUGGUCCACAGUGCUGCGUCCAACAUUAUCUGCUCCGUGCUGUUUGGUCAGCGUUAUGAUUACAGGGACAAAGUCCUCUCCUUCAUCAUCAACAGCUUCAAGGAAAACGCACAGAUUGCCAAUGGGCCAUGGGCUGCUAUCUAUGACACGUUUCCCUUGCUGAGAAGGCUGCCCCUGCCCUUCCAGAAGGUCUUCAAGAACUACAGAGAACUGAAGAGACACACCGUGGGCAUAGUGGACCAGCACCGACUCACACGCACACCUGGUCAGCCUCGGGAUGUCAUAGACUGCUACCUCGAUGAGAUGGAAAAGAGAGACCCUGAGAGCUGUGUGCUGGAUGAGGAGAGACUGGUCAUGCUGUUACUGGACCUGCACUUUGCUGGGACAGACACCAGCUCCAACACCAUACUCACUGCCCUACUAUACCUGGCCACACACACAGACAUACAGGCGCAGUGUCAGAGAGAGAUAGACAGUGUCCUGGGAGAUAGAGCGAGCGUAUUGUUUGAGGAUAGGCACAGCAUGCCCUUCGUGAUGGCCGCCAUCCACGAUGCACAACGUCUGGCUAACAUUGCUCCUUUAGGGGUGUUCCAUGCCACCACCAGACCCACCAAGCUCCAGGGCUAUGAUAUACCAGAGGGCACGCUGGUCAUCACCAACCUCACCUCUGUGCUCUUCGAAAGCAGCCAAUGGGAAAGGCCAAAUGACUUUCACCCCGCCCACUUCCUCGGGGAAGACGGUCGAUUUACAAAACCCGAUGCCUUCCUGGCAUUUUCCGCAGGGCCACGAGUGUGUCUGGGAGAGUUGUUGGCCCGCAUGGAGCUCUUCCUCAUCCUCGUCACUCUGUUACGUCACUUCCUGUUCCUGUGGCCGGAGGAUGCAGGGAUCCCUGACCUCAAUCCUGUGUUUGGAGGCAUCCAGUCCCCCCAGCCCUUCAGAGUAGCUGUUAGACUGAGAGCAUCCAGUCACCCCAGCCCUUCAGAGUGA